UUGAAAGUGUGUGAUGUGUGAUCUACGCCCAUGACAGUGAGACAGCGUCCUUGUCAGUGUCCGUAAACACGAUAUACUCAUUUACGACCCAAUAAGCUAGGAAACUGAUUGAGACGCAUGGUAUAAUUUUAACUCCAACUGGAAACAGAGAGGGAUUUCAGUCACAAAUCAAGGUUUCUUUUCAUGGAGCUGAAGAGAAAAAGAGAAAAGCAGAGAAAGAAAGGCAAUAACAAGACUUGUUCUUGGUACUCCAUAUGCCUUCCAAUUCAUACAAUCCUGAAAUAACCUCUGGUAUGAGACGAAGGAACAGAAUUACCAUGACAGUUACACCUUCAGCUAUUUCAGUUCACAGGUACAAAAUGCCGGUAAUUUGUAUCUUGCUGAUAUUUCUGUUGGCGACUGUAUGGACAUUUCUGGAUUGUGGUCAGAUGCAAAAAAUCAUGCUUCCCAUGCCCAGAGCCCAUUCACUGACAAAACACAUACAAACAAAUUCAUCAUCAACAAUUUCAGUGCUUGACAUGGGAAUCAGUGAGGAAGAAUGGGAUAGACUACAGAAGGCUAUUGACUGGCCGAGUUCAGACCAAGAAAUCACACAGCUGAAAAAGAGCACAAGUCCAGUUCACACAACAUUCACUAUUGUGGGACUCAAUGAGACUUACAAAGUGGGAGAGAAGAUCCAUGUUAUUAUCACAGCUAGAGAUCACAACAACAACUUAAAAUCAUAUGGAGGUGAUUUUUUUCAAGCAAAGCUUUUCAAUUUAAACUUAAAGGCAGGUGUUUAUGGGAAGGUUGAUGAUCACCGCAAUGGGACGUACACUGUUGAUCUUCUGCUACCCUGGAAAGGUCAGGCACAAGUGUCUGUUCGACUGGUCCACUCCAGUGAAGUUAUAAAGUUUACUAAAAAAUACUGGGAGUCCUCAAUUGCACGCAGCCAUUAUUAUGGUUACUUUGAAGGACCAGGACCUGAUGGAGUCAUGAUAAGUGAGAAAGUGGAAUGUAAUCUUAAAUGGGGCCCAGACGGAAGUUGGAUUAAAGGCAACUGCUGCUGUGAAUAUAAAGAUGUAAAAACAGGAACGGUAUGGCAAUGUGAGAGACCAAAGAACCUUACCUGUGAUUACUGGGUGUAUCAUGAAAGAGGACCAAUGAAAAGUCCGUUAACUCAUUUUGAGAAGCAACUCAUUUCAAGAAAAUUAACAAAUGUUCGCAUUCCUGGAGAAACUCAAAUCAUAAACAUCCUCCCCAGUACUGCAGGCAAUGGCACAACAGAAAGAUGCAGAUCUGGUCUGACCACACCAGUUCCUGCAGGGUUUUAUUUUAAGGAUGUCUGGAAGUCCUUUGUGUGUAACACUCAAACUUUUAGUUCACCACAAAUGAUGAAUUGUCUUCAAAACAAGCAAAUUUACUUAUUGGGAGACUCUACCACAAGGCAGUGGUUUGAGUUUUUUCAAAGAAAAAUACCAGGUCUGACAAAAAUGAAUCUUCAUGUUCAUCCCCUAAAUGGCCCCUUGAUGGCUGUGGAGUUGAAAAAUAAUAUCAUUAUUCACUGGAAGCCACAUGGUUUGCCUCUGCAAUUUCGUAAAAUGCCAGCUGCCGAUGCGCAUUAUCUCAGCAAUGAAAUUGAUUCUAUAACAGGUGGUCCUCAUGUGGUUGUUGUCUUCACAAUAUUUGCCCACCUGGUUGUUCACCCUAUAACGUUUUAUGUACAUAAAGUGGCCGGAAUUCGUCAAGCUGUGGUUGCGCUAUUGAAGCGUGCACCACAGACCACUGUCAUUAUCAAGUCUGGCAACACCGGACGCACAAAGAAUGAAUUAGGAAAUGACUGGCACAGGAUGCAGUUAAGCACCGUAUUGAGAGAGAUGUUCAGUGAUGUUAAGGGAGUGGUCUACUUUGAUGUCUGGCAGAUGACUUCAUGUCACUACACACCUGAAGACAUUCAUCCAGCCGGUGUAGUCGUCAGCAAUGAGAUUAACAUGUUGCUCUCAUAUAUCUGUCCUUCUUGACACGUGUAAAUUAAAAGCAAAUAUUUGAUUUAUUCAAAAAUCAUUUACUCUCCUAACAACAUCAAACUUUUAAACAGGGUGAUCGGUGUCAAUUAUUCUUUGUUUAAAAAAUCUAUCCAUGUCCUUCAAAAGCUACAUUUCCCAGAAAACAAAUUCAUAACUCUAAAUUAAUCAAUUAUGUUGUGUUACAGUUGUCUUCAUUGUGUUGAUAAUACAAUAAUGUUACAAUCUUUGGCAUUUGUGUUUUUGUUUGUAUUGUGUUCUAAUUGUCUGGGAAGGGAUUGGUUGCCAUUUUGUGAUCCAAAGUGUUUGCACUUUGGAUCACACUUUGUCUGUCUGUUUUGUGAGGUGGGCAUUGUUAUAUGAUCCCCUUUUUAUUAAAUAAUAAUUUGUAAAUA